AUGUCUGCAAAGAAUCAAGUUACCCCAAAGAACCCCCUCACUCCUUCUGAUGCCAAAGGCUCCCUAAAAUCUUUUGGUCUGGCGUCACCAGAACCGACCCCGGCGGUCGAAGAUGGUAGGAUCGAAGCUGAUCGGCAGAGGAUUGCUGCUGCCGUGCACCAGCUCCUUGAAGCUCCCCCAGCCAGCCCGGGGGAGACGAAGGACAACAAAGUCGGUGGAGCUCCAAGCGACGCCAAUGCACACCUCGGAGAAGUAGCCUUGGAGAUUGAGCGUAUCCUUGGCUGCUCUGAUACUUCAUAUGCCGAAAUCUUGGGAGUCAAACCAGACUCCACCGAGAAUGAAAAGAUAGCCGCCUGGAGACACCUAGGAUGCUUGUUGCACGCAAAGUCCACUGACCACAAGGAUGCUGCGGUGGCUUUUGAAAAACUCCGAAUUGCGGCAGAAAACCAGAGUGUAAGCCAUCUCGAUAUAGACGAGGUGGUCAGCUGGAACGGCGAGGAGAAGCUCCCGGAUCUUGAUGAAGACACCCCAAUGGCUGAAGAUGCCAUCCCCGUCCCGCCGGCCUAUGUGACAGAUAUUUACGACAAGGCGACCCCUACACUUUAUCGACUGGGGCAAGACCCUACCGAUCCGAUCGCGCUGAAACUGUUGCAAGAACUGAACGCAAAGAUAUCGAAGUCAAACGCAGCGGAAAAGGAAUCUUUGGGCACUAACGGUGCUGAGGUUUCCCUAGACCGGUGGUGUAUUCCUCUGUCGUUUUUCGGCCCUCAUUACAACCAGGUCCUGGAAAAUUACAACGUCCUUGCAAAGGAUAGAACGAACCAACCAGCAAGAAAUGCCAUUGCCAAGGAAAAGAAACUGAUUGACAGCUUGAUCGAAAGAAACCACUUUCCGCAAGCAUGGACUGUUGAGACGGCAGAUGAGUAUUUGCAAAACACGGACAAAGCAACUGCGACUGCCGAAGACAUAAAACCCGCUGCAGAUGAGGCGACCAUAACGUAUCCGUGGACCACAGCCAAGGCGGCCGAUGGCUCCCUCAUCAUAGGCGUGCGAAAAUGGGGUGGAUUUGGGACCCAGGUGUGCAUUGAGAUGCAGGAAAAAGACGGACGGAUUAUUCGCCGUCUCGAGUCGGCUUCUGAAAUUGGGCUCCAAAAGGUGCAAAAGUACUGGGAGACGGAUGGCUUCAAGAACCUCGCAGAAGGCCAAUCUCAGUGGUCCUACAGAGAUCGCAACGACUUCGAAGAGCUGCUUUGGGUCACCAAAUCCCAGACGAAGCGUAAGAAUAUUGCAGCCAAUAACAAAGACCCGAACGCAGAUUGCUGCGUCAAGUUCCACGACAAGGGUAUUCAGAUCCUUACCGUCACGAGCUUUAACAAGGUUCUCGGUCCUUCGAGUGCAAGAGCUGAGAUCGAGAAGGUCUGUGUGAGAGAUAAUAUCUCCCCACCCUGGAAAGCUGGAAAUGUCAGCCAGUACUAUGAUCGAUCAAAGGUUGAAAAAGACCCCGUUCGUCGUAGGGCCCUGGAGGACGCUCAGGCAACUUCGUCCAUCGACGAUCGCUUGGCCCAGCGAAAACUGAACCUGGAUGAAGCUGCAGGGCAGGAGAGCCGAGUGGCCGAGCAGCUGGAGGACAGAGUCAAAAGUCUUGAAAAGGAAAUGAAGGAUAUGAGAAACAUGGCGACAACGUUGAAUCGCAACAUGGAGAUGCUGAUGGGAAUGUUUAAGGAGUUCAUGGGGUCAAAGAAGGACUGAUCACUGUUUUCUGAGGUCGCGGCUGGUACCGCUCCGUCUUCUUUUGCCAUGUUUUCUCUAGGCGCACGCGUGGCUUUUGCUUCUUCUUCUUCUUCCUUUUUUUCUUUUUUCGGCA